AUGCGAUACGUGUCUUGGCAGGUUGGCAAUCGAGCAAACGCUGCUUCACUUGACGCACGAUGCACACUUCCCUACAACUUCACGAAUUCGACAACACCGACUUCGUUCUCACCGAGUCGAAUCAAGUCAACACAUCCUCUAUCGUCGGUUGCGCAAUCAGGCGCACACAUCGCAUCUUGGAAUAUCGAGGCAGAUCCUAUCCAUUUAACCUACGGUCAGCUCGGCGAUGGUAACAAAGCGAGCAGAGAUCAACCAGCGCAGCGAGCACUGCUUAAUGAGGCUUGCUCGCGCAGAAUUGUGCUUGCGCAGUACCAGCGCUUCCCAGAAGGAUACGAGUUCGAGCACCAUCUUGUGGGCGAGCAGAAAGCGCGCACUGUGAUCCUCCUCUCUCCGCCCGACCUUGUGGCAAUUCGUGAUGAAGAUGGAAUAUGGGCGCGCCACACACGCCAGGAAGAAGAGCAUGGCCCUCCACCGUACUCCGCGGACUUCUACUCGAUGUACCUGUACGACAGUGGACUCCCAAGCUGGUUCCUGACCAAAGACCACCGCGACAUUUCCGUCACGAACCGUGAGCAGGUCCAACUCGGCAUCCAGCACACCCCUCAUCCGCAAUACCUCGAGGUCCGAUACCCAACAACUCCAAUGCGACCCAUCGCAAACGGCGCGCCAAAUGCUUUCAAGCUCAACAUGAGCGAGGAAGAUCAGCUGAAGUUGGCACGCAACUUUCCUGUGACAAACCUGCUCAAGUCGGGCUAUCUGGUCGACGUCGUUUCUGACGGCUACGUUGUCAUCGAUCUGCCGCCAGCGCUAUCAGCGCAGCUCAAAGCCGACGAUGUUACUUGGAUCAGCAGCGAUUUCAAGUCGUCGUACAUCAUUGAAGAGCCCGCCAAUCCUCGCCACAUCCAGCUCACACGAUCGGAUCCUCAGCGCCGCCAAGAACUCAUAGAGGCUGCUGAGCGCGAUGAGCACGGUAUGCGAGUCAACCCAAAUGUGACGCCAGAAGGAGAUGGAUACUGGGACUGGCUGCAAGCAGAAGUGGACUCGGAGCGAGCCAAGGUUCUCGACAUCUUCGACCCGGCUGAGAUGGCGGCUGCUCGUCUGCGCGGCUUUUAUCGCAAAGGCAUGUCACGCACGGAGUCGCCGGCAGUCAUUUGGCGUCUCCACAAUGAGGCUGAGGUGCACAACCAAGCGGAAGUGCAUGAAGGACCACCAAUCCAGAAUCUCUGGCACUGGAAUCCAUCCCAGCAGCCGCCAGGACAAGGUGUCUGGAAGUUCGCCGAGGAGGCUGCUCGAGAGAAGGCGGCCCAGCUGUUUGGGAAUGCAGAAGAGUUCAACAUGGCUGGCAAUCCGUUUCCCGAUGCCGCGACAAUCUUCACUCUGCGUCUGCAAUUCCAAUUCCAAAUCAACAAGGGUCGAAUCCCAAGCGAAAGCGAUCCAACCCAGAGCAUCACGCUCGUGUGGGAAGUUGCAGCGCAAGCCGAUUAUCCUCCUGGUGCAGAUGUCAUCAAGACUCGAGCAGAGUCCCCCUCCGCAGACGACGCUUCUCUCGCCGACGAAUUGCCUUCACCGGAUCACGACUAUGGCUAUGACGAGCGCUCGAUGCUCCGCCACGACCCAAUGAACGGUGGCAAGCCCGGCUCUCCCAACGACCAGCGCGGAUUGAUUGGUGAGGCACACUACAUGACUGCCAACAUCCACGGCACCAUCAUCACCCUCGAUCGCUCUCCUGCGCAGCAGCACAAGCCGCAUCAGUCUCACAAGCUCCGCGUCUUCGACACCCGCUGGAACCCAUAUCAGCCCGCAGGCGAUGAGUUCGACUGGUCCGAUGCUGCCAGCAUAGUGAAGCUCAACAAGUGGCGUAACCAGAUCAUGAAUCGCCGCCAGUGGCCAAAACUUCGGGAGAUGCACAAGACGUGCACUACCGAGCAGCGCACUUGGUUACUGGAGAACGCCAAGCUGGAUCCUGGUGCAGCUCCGCAUCUCUUCAAGGACAUUGCGGACCAAUUCAACGAGCGCUUUGGUCUGUUGGGCCGUGAAGCUCGUGAUGCACGUACUAUCAACAACGUCUGCCGCCUCCUGCGCGGCCAGCAGGUCAAGGCUGAGGAAGAGGCUGACCAGCGACGAGCCGAGGUGAUGGAGCCUGAGGUGAAGAAGGCCAUGUCCAUCGAUGACAUCCUGAAGCCACAUGCCAGUGUUGAACAGCACACAGGUGUGGUCAGCAAGAAGGAUGAUGUCGCUGCAAAGCAUACUAAGGCAACGCAGGACUCGGGUUUCGGCGAUGACGGUCAGAAAGAGGAUGUGCGCAAGGGCGAUCAAGAUUGUGGAGGAGCUGUACAGGGAAAGUCUGCUGCUGCAGACCAGGACAUGAUCGAUGGAGAAGACGAUGUCGAUUCUCUCGGCAGCGAUGCCGACGCCGAUUAUGAAGACGAGGACAUGGACACGGUGUGGACUUGA